ACUUUUCAAUUAUAAUCGAGAAAGAAAACGUGUGACUAUUGAGAAACUCUCAUCACUGAGUGGGGGAAGUCUGCAUUUUUUUCCUUUUAACUGAUAAGAUGAAGUGAUUGUUACAUGGGAUUCAGUUGCUAGAAAGUUCUAAAACUGUUCAGACUUAACACUCAAAAAAAUUCAAGAAAUAUGAGUACCCAAGAACUCAUAAGUGCUCUGUCCAUAUUGGCCGACAACGAGAACGUCCAGGUGACAUUCCAGGAGUCCGCCAAAGGAGCCGCAAUCUGCGCGAUCUCAGCCUUGGUCGGUGGCCUGCUGAUGGGUCCCCGUGGACUGGCGGUUGGAGGAAGCAUCGGAGCCAUUGCAGCCUAUGGCCUGACCGAAGGAAAGUUCAAGUCGCUGGGUGAGAUCAUCAUGAAUGAGUUGUCGGAAAGCGAGCGCGAAGCUCUGAAGGAUCACGUGGUUAAUGCCAUCACCAAUGUUAGGCCCAUCGAUGCCGUAAAAGUCGUGGGACUUAUUCUGAGCAACGAGGAUAUUGGAAAUGUGGCCCUAAACGCCGUUAAAUCCUUUGCCACCGAACGUAUGGGACUGACCAUUAUCGAUUAAUGACUUCUUUUUUGACUAAAAAUAACUCUUUAUAAUCACUGUUAUUCUUUUUUAAUGAUGACUAAAAUAAAUGCAUAUA